AUGGCAAGCAGGCAGCUUAUAAUCCUCAUUUCAACCCUCCUCCUCAUCCGACUGGCCUUCCCUUCCAUAGCAGCCACUGAAUAUGACCCGAAAAAGCCUGAGGAAGCGCAGAAGAAAAUCGACGUGGUGGUGGAAGGCAUGAUCUAUUGCCAGAGCUGUGACCACUAUGGAACAUGGUCCUUGACUGAUGCUGAGCCAAUCCCUUCAGCUAAAGUCAGUGUCAUCUGCAAAAAUCACAAAGACCAAGUCAGCUUCUACAAGGCUUUUGUCACAGACCUUAAAGGCUACUUCUAUGCUCAGCUUGAAGGAUUCAAAAUGGCGCAUUCUAUAUUGGACCAUCCCCUCCAUGGGUGCCAUGUGAAGCUAGUUUCUUCUCCUCUUGCCAAUUGCAGUGACCUCAGUAAUGUCAAUAACGGUCUCUAUGGUGCCCCUCUUCGUUCUGAAAACAAGAGAUUGUUGGGUAGGAAUUAUGAGGCAGUUAUAUAUGCUGCAGGGCCUUUGGCUUUCCGUCCUUCUCAUUGCUCCAAUACUCACUCUUGA